AUGGUAGUGCUUAAAGAAUCUGGAGAUAAAGAUGCUGACAAGGUUGUUACAUUGAAGUUUUUCCAUGGAGGUAAACUAGUUAAAAAUAGAAGGCACAGUGAAUGGUCUUAUUUGGGUGGUGAAGUCAGUUGGUUUGAUUAUUGUGAGGUUGACUAUAUGUCCAUGUUAAAGCUAUUUGGAAUGGCUAAAGAUUUGAGAUAUGACAAUGGGUAUGAUAUGAGUUUUUAUGGUCAAGAGUUUGGAACUGGUAGACUCAUUCAAAUAGUAUCAGAUAGUACGCUUUUAGCACGUGAUCCUAAAUAUUCUUGUUAUGAGGAUGGUGAUAGCAGUGAUCUAGACUUUGAAGACAGUGACUAUGCACAAAGUGAUGAAGAGAUUGAUUUAUUGAAGAAUGAUGAUAAAUGGUUUGAAGGUUAUGUGGAUCAUAGUUGUACUGACAAUGAUCCUAAUGCAUAUGAAAAUGAUGAGUCAGACAAUGGAUAA